UGAGCUCCACUAAACGGAUAUUUAAGCGCCAUCUGACCGAGACACCACAACCACCAGCUCCAACCUGCUGCUACAGUAUGUGCAAAGGACUAGCAUCACUGCCUACUUGCUGCUUGGAAAGAGCCAAGGAGCUGAAAGCAAGGCUGGGAAGCAUUUUGCAGAAAUCUAACUGGAAUCUGUCCUGCUGCAAAAUGGGGAAAAAUAAGCCAACUCUGGAAGAAUGCCUCAGGUGGAAAGAGUCCUUUGAAAAACUUCUGUCCAGCAAAUAUGGUCUGUGUGCCUUCACAGCGUUCCUUGUGUCUGAGUUCAGCGAGGAGAACAUUGCGUUCUACUUUGCCUGCGAAGAUUACAGGACUACUAAGUGUCCUGCCCAACUACCCACAAAAGCCCAGAAGAUAUAUGAUGAAUUCAUUGGCAGUGAUGCUCCCCGGGAGAUCAACAUAGACCACGAAACUCGUGACAUCACCAGAGCAAACAUUCUGGUGGCGUCUCCCUCCUGUUUUGACCCGGCCCAGCACAAGAUCUACAUGCUGAUGGCCAAAGACUGCUACCCUCGCUUCCUCCGCUCACCAGCCUACAAGGAUCUGGUGUGCCAAGCCAAGCCAAGCACCAAGGCCGCCAAGCAGCCCCGGCAGCAGAAGAAGGCGUGAACUCUCUUCGUGAGCCCAUGGAGGAUUGGUAGUAGUUUGCCUUAAGGGUUGAGAAGGCAAGAGAGGCAUGGCAUUAGGUGUUGCAUCAUGAAGCUGGACGCAGGUGCAGACACAGAGAUCGUCAUGAGAGCAGCGUUAGAUGGACAUGCUCUGUAGAGUAGACACUGAAGAUUGAGGAGAAGUGGGAAAUAGUGGAAAAGUUUAAGGGUGAUGCCUUAAGAGGACUGUGUUGUGAACACAGAUAAAGUUUGGAUAUCAAAGUGAAACAGACUGAGUGACAAUCAAACAAGAGGGAAGAAGGAAAGCACUUUUCUUUGCCAUCUGGCAAACUUUUUGUGGUUGUGAUGUGCAAUUUCUCUUUAUCAAAGUCUUACACUGUACACAGGCAUGUACUGUAUUAUUUUGUAUUUAUUUGUAUUUAUUUGCCUGUAAUAUAUAUUCCUUGCAUUUUUACCAAAACGAAAUUGUGCAAUUUUAUUUAUAAUGUAUUUAUAUCACUGUUGUCUUUUUUACA